AUGAAGCGCACCAAAGCGGGAAUAGCCCAUAUGAAGCUCAAGUGGGGUUCCAUCCCUAAACCAAUUGGUGGUAGGAGGAGGUCGGCCCUGGCCCAGGGCGACCUGGGCGAUGGCCAGGGCCCAAUUUUGAAGGGGCACCAUUCUUGGGCCUUUAUCUACCACAGCCGUAGCCCAUCGCCACAAACAAGGCAGAUCUUGGCCGUUUUUCCGGAGGCCUUCAAUCAGAAUCUGUCAUCGGAUCUCUCCAGGAUGGGGGGCGGAUCGAACCGUCGGCAUGUCGACCGGAUAACAUUAAAGUCGACAUCCCUAAGUCGACAUCUUGACAAUCGACCUCCUCAUGAACUAACCAAAGAGCUGAUUCUACCAAAGUCAUCGACCUCAAAGUCGACUCCAUGUGUCGACUCCCUUAAGUCGACUUCUAGUAAGAAGACGAACAACCGUCGACUCCUUACAUCUCGAGACGUAAAAGCUCCGUAUCCUCUAAUGGAUAAGGAGGAAUCUUGUGAUGACUCAGCAGUGGAGGGAGACGGACCGACCGGUGUAUUCCUAACAUUUCAAGUGAGUCAACCAGGGCAUUUUGGGUACUUCAAUCCUUUUUCUUCAUCUCUUUCACGUACUGACUUGAGCGUCGGAGGCUCUACGCCGGAAACACUUCCGAUGUUGAGUUCUUGCUGGUGUUAUUGCGGUCUAGCAGCAGUUCAAAGGCGAUUCAAACAGAGCGGAGUUAAAAAACCACCGGGUCACUUCAGAUCCAUAAGCGACGGCGACGAAUUUCAGACUCGAGCCUUGAUUAUCAAGCAACGAAAUGCACAAUUUUCCGGCGAAACGGUAAUGAGCUUCCUGAAAGAGAUAAUCGGAAACUUCAGCUCGAUCUUCUCCGAUUCGGUUCAGUCACAGCAGAGCAGUAGCUCCACCACCACCGGCGGCGGAGCCAUGGAUGGCGAGGGCGGAGUUUCCACGGGGAACGAGCGGACUGCAUACAAGCUGAAAGGCUACUUCGAAUUGGCGAAAGAGGAAAUUGCUAAGGCCGUUCGAGCUGAAGAGUGGGGUUUGCCGGAUGACGCCAUCGCUCGCUAUCUGAACGCGCAGAGAAUUUUGACGGAAGCGAUUUCCACUCCAGUACCUUCUUACAUCUCCUCCAGUGAACUGGAGAAGGUGAAAUCUUACCGUCAAAAGAUAUCUAAAUGGCAGGGCCAAGUAGCAGAGAGACUGCAGACUUUGUCUCAGAGAACAGGUAUAUCACCAGAAAUCAAGGUAUGGACUGCUCUAACUGACGUGUAAGUUUUAAUCUCUGGAUUGUGUCUAGGCCUGAUUUAACAAAAUAACCCGUGUUAAAGUAAUUUUGCUUGAUGGUAGAGUUUCAGAUAAUUGUUUUAUGCUUAUGAAAGUAGGAAAAGUUAGUUAAGAUUUAUCAUGGUUAUUCUAUGCAUCAAGGUGUGAGGGAAGAGGUUCCUUUCUUCAUGUUUUUCUUUUACACUCUAUGGAAAAUGUAACGGAGUCUUCCCACUUGGUCAUUACCUCAUCAGUCUUUUUCUUUUAUUUCAAUCUGUAUUUCAUAGAGCACUUCCUCUAAGUCACAAACUGGGGCAGUUUCAUCUACAAUUUCACAUCCAAGAAAAAUGGCAGUACAAAGGUCUUCAGGCAAGAGCAGUGGUCCUAUAGUGAAUAGUCAGGCUAAUGAUGCAAAGACAUCAAGGCCUAUAGCAACAACUGGUGGUGUCUAUGAUGCUAAACUGGUUGAGAUGAUAAACUCUGUGAUAAUCGACCAAAGCCCUUCAGUUAAAUGGGAUGAUAUUGCUGGUCUCGAGACGGCAAAACAAGCUUUAAUGGAAAUGGUUAUUCUGCCAACUAAGAGAAGAGACCUAUUUACUGGGCUUCGAAAACCAGCGAAAGGUUUGCUUCUCUUUGGACCGCCUGGUACAGGGAAGACCCUUCUUGCUAAAGCGGUUGCUUCAGAAUCUGAUGCUACCUUUUUUAGUGUUUCUGCCUCUUCUCUGACAUCGAAGUGGGUGGGAGAGGGUGAAAAGCUUGUUCGAACUCUUUUCCAGGUCGCCAUUGCUAGGCAGCCAUCUGUAAUUUUCAUGGAUGAGAUUGACAGUAUCAUGUCAACUAGAACGGAGAAUGAGAAUGAAGCAAGUAGGAGGUUGAAAUCGGAGUUUCUAGUUCAGUUUGAUGGGGUAACAUCUAGCUCUGGUGAUUUAAUAACUGUAAUUGGUGCUACAAAUAAACCACAAGAAUUAGAUGAUGCAGUUCUAAGAAGACUGGUGAAGAGAAUAUACAUACCUUUGCCAGAUAGAAACGCCAGAGGAGUUCUUUUGAAACAUAAGCUCAAGGGAAAUGCGUUUUCUUUGCCAGAUAGGGAUCUCGAGAGGCUUGUUGCAGAAACAGAUGGGUAUUCUGGAAGUGACCUACAGGCCUUGUGCGAAGAAGCUGCAAUGAUGCCGAUUAGAGAGCUUGGUUCAAACAUUCUCACAGUCCAGGCCAAUCAGGUGAGAGGAUUGAGAUACGGAGAUUUUCAAAAGGCGAUGACUGUUAUUCGUCCCAGCUUGCAGAAAAGCAAGUGGAAAGAACUAGAAAAGUGGAAUCGGGAGUUUGGCUCUAACUAGGCUCGCGUGCGGCCAACUGCCCAAGUUUUUCUUUCAAUUAGAACACACGAUUUAUGGCAUGUUAUUAUAGCCACUGGUAGCAUGUAAAAGUACAUAAAAUUGGAAAAUAAUUUCUCUCGAGUUUGUUUAUAGGGCCAAAUCAAAAACAGAAGCGUCGUGUGACAUACAGAAACAGAAAUAUAAAUCUACCCAUCUUUUUAGUUUUUAUAUAUAUUUGCUAUCAGACUCAAAAGCAGAACACGGAAUUGUCAUGUGGAACAAUCUAAUAACUAGGCGGGUUGAUUUGUUACACAUCUGUGAAAAAAAACUCAAUCGCUAUUCACCGCCCC